UAGUGUGCGGUUGACUACAAUUAAGGGGAGUGGAAAUAUUUGGGGGGAAGUAUUCAGUUUAUCCAUCCACUUUUCUGUUGGUCGGGACGAGGUUUCGCAAGUGUCUAUACUUUUGGUUACUUUCUGUGCGCGUCAGGCAAUUAAGGAGUGACGCUGCUGUCCACAGCGUGGGCAUGUGUUGCUUGUGAGAGGAGACGGAGUUGAACAGGCAGGGUUGCAGAAAAGGACAGAGUGAAAACAGAACAAGACCACUCCACACACCAUGAAGAGAAGGGACUCUGGUAACCAGGGUCUGAAUGAAGCUGGGGCUCUGCAGCGCAUGUCUGGCAGUAAUUAUGGCGGCAUAGGGAAGAGGAUUAAGGUACUAUCCCAUCCGGGGGUCCCAUUAGUGGGAUUGAUGUUGUUGGCCACCCUUCCUUUUGGAGCAAGCAUCAAACAAACCGUCCCCAGGGUCAAACUCAGCAACAGAGAACUGCUGCAUGCUGGCAGUGUGUCUCUGUUUUUGGGCCCCUCUGAUGGCCUCCACUCGCACUCGCUGCUGCUGGAUGAGGAGCGAGGUCGUCUGCUGUUGGGAGCCAGGGAACACAUCUACCUGCUUGACCCUGACAAUCUCGCUAGGGCCCCCAGAAAGAUUCACUGGCCUGCUACCCGGGACCGAGUCGAAAUGUGCAAACUGGCAGGCAAAAAUGCAAAUUUGGAGUGUGCUAACUUUGUCAGAGUCCUCCACAACUACAAUCGAACACACGUCUAUGCCUGUGGGACGGGCGCCUUCCACCCCAUCUGUGCUUUCAUUGAAAUCGCCGGCCGCAGAGAGGAUGGCGUGUUCCAACUGCUGUCUAAUACGCUGGAGUCUGGCAGAUUGAAAUGUCCUUUUGAUCCGUUGCAGCCAUUCACCUCAGUCCUCACAGAUCAGUAUCUGUAUGCAGGAACAUCAUCAGACUUCCUGGGCAAAGACACAACAUUCACACGCUCCCUUGGCCCUCCGCCUGACCAGCACUACAUACGCACAGACAUGUCUGAAGAAUACUGGAUCAAUGAGGCCAGGUUUAUAUCUGCUCAUCCCAUUGCAGACACCUACAAUCCAGAUGAUGAUAAGAUAUACUUUUUCUUCCGCGAAGUGUCGUGGGAAGGCAACGACAAGAGCAUCCUGUCCCGAGUGGCUCGUGUGUGCAAGAAUGAUGUGGGUGGGCUGAGGAGUCUGACCAAUAAGUGGACCACCUUCCUCAAAACCAGACUUGUGUGUUCCAUCCCUGGACCGGACGGAGUGGACACACACUUUGAUGAGCUCCAGGACAUAUUUUUGCUCCCUACCAAAGAUGAUAAAAACCCCAAAGUGUACGCAGUCUUCACCACCUCCAGCUCCAUUUUCCGUGGCUCAGCAGUGUGCGUGUACAGCAUGGCGGACAUCAGGGCCGUGUUUAAUGGACCUUACGCCCACAAGGAGGGGCCCGACCACCGAUGGGUGGAAUACGAGGGGAGGAUACCAUAUCCGCGUCCUGGAACGUGUCCCAGCAAGACUUAUGAUCCAAGAAUCAAGACAACUAAAGACUUCCCAGAUGAGGUGGUCAGUUUCAUUCGGUUCCACCCUCUCAUGUACCGCUCUGUCUACCCUCUGACUGGCCGACCUGUGUUCACACGUGUUCGAGUGGACUACACUCUGACUCAGAUUGUGGUGGACAAAGUUUUGGCGGAAGAUGGACAAUAUGAGGUCAUGUUUCUGGGAACAGACGCCGGCUCAGUUCUGAAGGUGGUGAGCAUCACUCAGGAGAAUUGGUCAACAGAGGAAGUGGUGCUUGAAGAACUUCAAGUUUUCCAGGUUCCCACUCCCAUCCUCAGCAUGGAGAUGUCUUCCAAACAGCAACAGCUCUACGUCGGCUCAAGUGAAGGGCUAGCCCAGGUCUCACUCAGUAGAUGUCACCUGUACGGCCAAGCCUGUGCUGAAUGCUGCCUGGCACGAGACCCAUACUGCGCUUGGGACGGACACACAUGCUCACGAUACAUCCCUGCAUCCAAGAGGCGAGCCAGAAGACAGGACAUCAAGCAUGGAGACCCUGCCAGUCAGUGCUGGGACACAGAGGACAGUCUUGUUGGGGGACGGGUGGAGGAGAGAGUCCUCUACGGUGUGCAGACCAACUCCACCUUUCUCGAAUGUAUUCCCAAAUCUCAACAGGCCCAGAUCCGGUGGUACAUACAGAGGCCUGGAACUGAACGCAAGGAGGAGGUUAGGCUGGAUGAUCGUGUCGUCCACACAGAUCGCGGUCUCCUGAUCCGCUCCCUCCACGCCUCAGACGCCGGUGUGUAUUUCUGCGUGGCUCAAGAGCACACACACUUCACCCGCACUCUCCUCCGUCUCAAUCUACAACUUGUUACACACGGAAAACUGGACGGGAGGCCCAAGCCGAGCGAAGACCCCGUGGUGGAGUCCCGCCAGCGUUACAAAGACUACUUAAGAGUGAUGAGCUCUCCCUUCGGCUCUCUGGAGGAGUACUGCGAUUCGCUGUGGCUGGAGAAGAAGCCGUCGAGGGUGCGAGGACGGGGCUUAGGAGCUGGCAAGUGGAAGCACAUGCAGGAAAUGAGGAAGAGCAGGAACAGGAGACAACACAGGGAGAGGGAGGAAGAGUGGGGGAAGCAGGAGCGAGGGAGGGUGGUGAGGACGGCACAGCAGUGAGGAGUGUGGUAUGAGAGAAAAAAACAUUCAGGAUUAGCUGUGCAUAUUCAGCGGGUGGAUGAUGAAGCAGAACGUGACGCAAAACUGCAACGACGGCUCAAUCCAUGAGCAGGCAAAAUGUAACUCAGAGUUCAAGGGGCGUGAAAGACUAACCCAGACACAUACAGUUCAAGAGUUUAAAAAAAAGUAGUAUUUCCAACAAGCAAUUUGAAGUAAUAUUGGGUUGUGAAUGCAUCAUUUCAUUCAUCUGCAGGAUGAAUGAAAAUGUCAGUUGUUUCAGAGGAACAAUAACUCAGAAGUCAUCCCUUGAUUUCAGUUUCAGUUACAGUGCUACUGGAGAUAAGCUGACCAGAUGAAGGAUUGCAACAUGACUGCUCUUUCCUACAGCUUUCACCUGCAGAAAAGUUUCCCCAACGUAAGAACUGAGAGUUAACAGAAGAGAGGUGAUCGUAUGAUGAUACUGACACAUAUAGCUGAAUUGUUAAGAUUGUGAAAAUAGGAGUUUGCUGGAGCUGGUGACGAUGUAUUCAUGUUGAAUGACUGUAAAUAUUUAUAUAACAUGUACAGGAGAUAAAGCAUGCUCAAUUUAGUCUUAUUACUGAUCUGUAUAACUUUAAUAAUAAUAAUAAUCAUAUAUUACUGUAUGUUUGGCCCGACAAAGUGACAUAUUUUUGUACAAACGUUUCACUCCCAUGUACUGUAGGUUCAAUAGAUGUUUUCUUUAUUGCUGUUUUUGAAAGUUAUUUAAAUAAAUGUGUCUCAGAG